GCGUAAGUAAAGGCAUAACUCCAAAAUCUUACAAAAGAUCUAAAAUGCAAAAGAAAGAAAAAUAAACCCCACACCAAAAUAGUCAGAUCAAAACAACUUCUUGACAGAGCUUGUGGGGUUUGGCAAAUGGAAGCCAAUUUGGAACUGCUGAGGGAAAGCUUCAGAAAUGGAAGAACAAGGAGUUUGGAAUGGAGGAAAAACCAGCUGAGUUCACUGAUUCAGUUCGUCCAUGACAAAGAAAACACCAUUUUUGAAGCCCUUUAUCAAGAUCUUGGGAAGCAUCCAGUGGAAAUUUUUAGAGAUGAGGUUGGAAUUGUUCUGAAAUCUGCAAACAAUGCUAUUCGUUCUUUACAUAAAUGGAUGGCCCCUAAAAAGAAAUAUGUGCCAUUACUGUUCUUUCCAGCAAAGGGAGAAGUUUUGUCUGAGCCAUUUGGUCUGGUCCUCAUAAUUUCAUCUUGGAAUUUCCCCCUUUCUUUGUCAUUGGAUCCGUUAAUUGGAGCGAUAUCGGCUGGCAACACAGCGGUUAUAAAACUUCCGGAAUAUGCUCCGGUUUUCUCCUCUUUUCUUGCUGCAACACUCCCUCUUUACCUUGACAAUAAAGCCAUCAAGGUUGUGGAGGGUGGAGCUGAUGUUAGUGAACAACUUCUACAGUACAAGUGGGAUAAGAUCUUCUUCACUGGGAGUCCCAGGGUAGCUAGGAUUGUGAUGUCUGCAGCUGCAAAACAUCUAACUCCUGUUACUUUAGAGCUUGGGGGAAAAUGCCCUGCAAUCUUUGAUUACUCCUCUGUCCAUUCCAAUAUGAAGGUAGCGGCCAAGAGAAUCGUUGGAGGAAAAUGGGGGCCAUGUAACGGGCAGGCGUGCAUAGGGAUAGAUUAUGUGCUUGUGGAGGAUAGGUUUGCUUCAGAAUUGAUAGAGUCAUUAAAGCGAAUACUCAAGAAGUUUUACAGUGAAAACACGAAAAACUCAACGAGCAUAGCCCGAAUUGUUAAUGAGAAAAAUGUAGAAAGACUAAGCAAUUUUCUCAAGGACCCUAAGGUUGCUGCUUCCAUCGUCCAUGGUGGCUCUAUUGACAAAGAAAAACUCUUCAUUGAGCCAACAAUAUUGUUGAAUCCUCCAAUCGAUGCUGAUAUCAUGAACGAAGAAAUCUUCGGUCCCCUGUUACCGAUAAUCACAUUGAACAAAAUUGAAGAAAGCAUUGAGUUCAUCAAUGCAAGACCGAAACCUCUCGCUCUUUACGCCUUUACGGGAGAUCAAACUCUCAAGAAACGGAUUUUAUCCGAAACGUCAUCGGGAAGUGUCACAUUCAAUGAUACUAUGGUUCAGUUUGUGUGUGAUUCGCUGCCAUUCGGUGGUGUCGGUCAGAGCGGUUUUGGGAGUUACCAUGGCAAGUAUUCAUUCGAUGCAUUCAGCCAUGAAAAAGCAGUGAUGCAGAGAAGCUUUUUGAUAGAACUCGAGCCACGAUAUCCACCAUGGAACGAUUUCAAGCUCAAGUUCAUUAGAUUGGCGUAUCGGUUCGACUAUUUCGGGCUGGCACUGCUCCUUCUGGGGUUAAAGAAGUAGAAAUUAUGGCACUUCAGUAAUCGGAUAGCUAACUGAUCUUUGAGAUAAGUAAACUGCUUUCCAAAUCUUUAUUACAUGUAUCGCAACUGUUAUCUCCUCCGAAACUUUUUAUCAUGUAAUGGACAAACAAUGUUGGUUGGUUGUGCUAACAUAAUUACUUUAUAUCUAUAUUGAAUAGAUAAAUCCUAAGAUCAUUCAUGUAAAAUUGUUAAGAAUAUAUA